GCUCCAAACAGAUCAGUUCAACAGCUCGCUCAGAAGAAACACAAUAUGAGGCACUUUGCGGUUGCGUUUGCGGUGCUCGUCAUUGGCACCUUAGCCUCAACACAGGCAGCCGUCUAUAUAGGCGGCGGUUGUUAUGAUUGUAAUCCGCCAGGUGGACAAGCGCCUGGCGUUUACACAGCAAAUGGUCGAGGUGGUGGCGGCUACUACAAUGCCGGCGGCGGUGGUGGUGGUGGUGGUGGCGGAGCCACUUACUACAAUCCCGGUGGCGCCGGUCGUCCAGUCUACUCAGGCAACUUUGGCCCGAAUGGCUAUAAUGGCGGUGGUGCAGCGCGCUAUGGAGGAGGCAGAGGCGGAGGCGGUGGUCAAGGCUACGAUGAUGGCUAUGGUGGUGGCGUCACUCAAUAUAUAGGCGCGUAAUAUGUGUAGAUCGUAUGUAGUUUUAGUCUUGUAUUACUAACAAAUCAUUUCAAAAACAAUUGGCUGUAAUUACUUGUAUAAAUGUAAGUUAAUGAGAUAUGAAUAUUUUCUAUAAACACCCGAGACAAGCAUUUUAAGAAAAGAAUAUGUUGAAAAAAAUGUAAGAAUCAGGUAUAAGAACUGAUUUACUUACUUUUCCCUGCUUUUCUAUCUAUACAAACAAAACGAUAAGUCACCUCAGAUUUCAAUUACGGAAAUAACGCACCAAAUAAAUAGUUACUACAAGUUCA